CUCCGUCAUUUUUCAGUCUUUUCAGCUGUGUUGUGUGCGUGAAAUCAGUGCGAUAGUGGUGUUAUUAAUGUGCCUCGAGGAGCCUAGUGUCGAAUUGUCAACAUUUCGGCGGCAGAAGCCCGGUUUCGGCAUCGGAAACACAAACAUGAAAUUCGACCCGGAUUUUUAGCGAAAACCGCAAUGGACAGCAGCAGCCAGCACCUCCUGUGGCGUCUUGCCUGACCUUGGCACCAAGAUCAAGGAGCAACGUGCUGAGCCGCACUAACAAAACAGCACGUCCUGCUGGCCGGGCCGGGCCGAGAUACGAUUAUUGUGCUUAAGCUGGCCGGCAGCUGGUCCUGCCACUCGGUCAUGGUCAACGAAUCGCCGAACUGGACACUGGACCGAAUUGGGAUGGAAAAUUACAUUAGAAACGUAACUCCAACAUGUAUGCCUGCCAAGGUUCUUCUCAAGGCUCAGGAUCUACAGCAUCUUCAAAAAGAUCCACUGUUCAGCAUGUCCCACUCAAAGUGGUCGUGAGGGUGCGUCCAUUGCUGGGAAAUGAGGCCCGUGCUUGGAACACAAUCAGGGUGCUCAGUGACCAGACCCUUAUGCUUGGCCCAAAGGUUGAAAAUGCCGCCGCAGAUGCCUGGGGGCAUGACUUUGCUGGAGACAGGGCUAGGGGCAACAAAGACCUCAUUUUCGGCUUUGACCGCGUCUUUGGACCAGACUGCAACAACAGAGAUAUAUACGGCGCUUCGAUCCAGGAGACCAUUUCCAAGCUAAUCGACGGCUUUAAUUGCUCCAUUUUUGCAUAUGGGCCAACAGGAUCAGGCAAAACUCACACCAUGCUAGGCAAUCCAGAUGAAAAAGGAUUAAUCUUCCUGCUCUUGAACGACAUAUACACCAGGAUAGAAAAUGAAAAGAAUAUCUCAUUUGUGAUCAACGUUUCUUACCUUGAAGUGUACAAUGAAAAUGUCAGAGAUCUUCUCAGCCCCAGUUCAAACUGCCUGAAAUUACAAGAGGAUGGAUCAGAGAUUUUCGUCCAAGGUCUGCGCUGGUUUUGUCCCUCAAGUCUGGAACAAGUCAUGCUGAUGCUUCAAAAUGGCAAUUCCCAAAGGACCCAACACCCAACUGAUGCAAAUGCGGAAUCUUCGCGAUCGCACGCUGUCUUCCAGGUGAGAAUGAAGCUGACUAGGAAGGAUGAGAACGGCACUUUGGUGUCAAAAAAUGUGGUCAGGCUCAACAUGAUCGAUCUGGCUGGAUCUGAACGGGCAGCUGCCAACAAUAACAACGCCCAGAGACUCCACGAAGGCGCCAACAUCAACAAGUCGCUCCUCGCCCUCGGCAACUGCAUCCAGGCCCUCGCAAAUGGCCGUAGUCACGUGCCGUAUCGUGAUUCGAAGCUGACAAGACUGCUGAAGGGGGCUCUAGGCGGAAAUUCGUACACCGUGAUGAUAGGCAAUGUUUCGCCAUCAAAUAGAGCGUACGAGGAAACAUGCAAUACACUGAGGUACGCAUCCAGGGCCAAGGACAUCAAGAACUGCAUCCGCAAAGUCGUGGAAAAACCUGAAUGUGUAGUAGCUGGAUUGAACUUGGCUCUGGAUCAAGCGCACAGAAAGAUUGCCACCUUGACUGCUGAAAAAGAAGAGCUGCUCAACAAGAUUUUGGCUGCAGAGACAACUCAAAAAGAUGAUCCACUAGAGAAAAUGGAAACCUUGUUGACUAUCAUGAAGGGCAUUCUGUCUGCCAGACAAGCUGAAGCAAUCGCCACAGACUUAGCUGCCACUCUCGAGUGCCACUUGGAAGAAAUGUCCGCCAGAUAUGACGAGAAGAUAGAGAAAAUACAACGAUUGAAAAGUUUUGCUCUCUGUGGUGACAUUUCUGUUGAAAAGAUUCAAGAGCAGCGAGCCGUGAAAUGCGCCUCCAUGAAAGCUCAGCUGAGAGCUGCAAAGCUUGAGUUGAAGAAGGCAAAUGAUGCUGCACUUGCUGCCGAGUUGGACUUAGAGCAAUGGCUGGUGGAGAAUGAGGAGCCAUGGGCUGACCUCAUUGGAGUUUUCAAGCAGCUUCAGGAGUACAAAUCAUUGAGUAAUUUUGUGGUGUGUCGAGUGCAGAAGAACCACUGCAAGAAUUCCCUGGAAAAGAAGGUGACGGAAAAGAACGAACUUCACCAGAUGGUUUGCCUGAUUGCAGAGCAAUACUCAAAAAUUUUCAACCAGAGAAGAUGCAAUGUGACCGAAGAAAUGAUGAGCAACUACCGCAAAAUCCAGGACUUGAUUAAAAACAACCAUCAAGAUGCAAGUGAAGGCCUACCACUGCAAAGCCCCACAGAGCAGCACCAACCACAGCCUUUCAAUUUCAGAGACACGCCAAGCUAUAGAGUUCACCCCCACAAUCAACGUGCUGCCACAUACCGCCCACACAUGCCAGCACCUUUCACCCUCAAGGACACACCACCUCGCUCAAAGACAACUUACAGCAACUGCACUCCUCCUGCAGCUGGCUCUGAAUGAAGAACUGCUAGAUGAAUGGGGCCCUGCUGAGGUUUUAUCCUUUUACAUGAGAUAAUUUUUAAUAUUUGAAAUGAAAUUACACUAAAUUACACACUUUAAAUGAUCAUUAUGAAUUUGUUUUACGUAUAACCACAAUAAAAA